UUUCCUUUAGGCUUUGUACACAUCCUGAGGGUGACGUAUAUACUUUCGAGUUUCGACAUUCUUCUUCGACGUUCGGUCCUUCCGUCCAUCGAUCAAAUCUUAGGGUUUUGAUCACCCAAAAAAAACCUAGGGUUUUGAAUUUAAGCCAAUAUUCGAACUCUCGGAUUUGUUUUCGAAUUUACCAGAUACACUUCCGUUGUUUUAUUGUGUUUCUCCUCGUCUCCUCUUCUGCAUGUACUUUUUUGAGAUUUUAAGCCCUUUGGGGGAGUUGAGGAUGGAAGAGAUGCCUCUCCCCGCCUUGUUCGAACAGGCACGUAAAAUACAUUCUAUGGCUUCUGAAUCAGGUGUUGAUCAGGAGAUGUUGAGGAAAGGGUGCGACGCUUUGCGGCAAUGCGAGGAGAUGACAAGCAAGUUGGGUUUGUUCUCCAUCAACGAGGCCAAAGACGAAAUCAGCACCGCUAAUCUCAAAUAUUUAUUGGUGCCUUUCUAUCUUGCAGAAUUAAUUGAAAAAGUUGCACACGAUAACAGAAUUCAAGUGCUAAAAGCUUCCCAGGGAAAAAUGAAGGAAUUCAUUUCCUUUUGUGAGGCAAUGGACCUUGUACCUGAAGAGGUGUUGGAAGUUUCUGGUCAAGAAGGGUCAAAGUCUCUUGCAGAUCGGAGGGCUAAAAAGAUUGCUAGAUUUAAACAACAGAGGGCUGCAGAAUCAAAGCUGCAAGAAAUUAAAGAAAGGAAAGAGCGUCGUGGCCGGUCUUCUAAAGCUGCAGCUUUAUCUACUCCGGUUGAGGCUGGGGAAGAAGAUGUGUUGGAUGAUGAUGGAGAAGAGGAACGCGAGGCAUGGAUUACUACAAUCUCAUUGGCCAUCUGUAAGGCUUUUGAUCUACUGGAAAUGUUAAAGAAAGAGGAAGAAAUGCUAUCAGCUGUAAAGGAAAAACAGUUACAGGAAGGAGUGACAGAAUUUUCUCAAGGAAUUCUUGAUGAGCGUGCUAAGAAAGCAGAAGCUUGGCACCGUAAUGCUGCAAGUCAAGCACAAUUUACGAAACCAGCACAACCUAUCACAUGUGCUACUUUUGCUCAAGAUGUACUUGAAGGGAGAGCAAAGGUUUCACAAGCACAUGAACACAAACACCAACCAUUGAUAUUUGGACCUGCUAGUCUUGUGGGCGGAAGAUUAGCAAGUGAGAGGGAAAGGAUGGCUGCACAGGUUUUCCAACCUGGUUAUAGGUUGCCAACAAUGAGCAUAGAAGAAGCUGGACUACGAGAGAUGGAAAUGAUGAAGAAAUGGCAAGAGAGGAAUGCUAAGCUCUUUGAAGAAGCCAAUUCAUCAUGGCACAAGGAUGUUCAAAGGCCUGGGCCCAGUAAUGAGGAUGAUGACGAUGAAGCAGCUCAAGAGAAGGCAAGGGCAUGGGACGAUUGGAAGGAUGACCAUCCGCGUGGUGCAGGGAAUAAGAAGCUCACUCCUUCUGGGUAAUUUAAGGUUUGAUGAACCUAAUUAAAGGUCCCUUGUAGUUUCAGAGUGCUACUUGAUCGAUCUAUACUUUUUUUGGUGUUCCUUGAUUCUAAUAAGAGCACUUUUCUAUGUAUAAUAAAUAAUAAUACUUUCAGGAAAAAUUAUAAAAAAAAGUGUUGCCGUGUUGAGAUAUAGAA